GUAUGAAUAUUGUUACUAAAACAGUGUUUUACACUAUGUCUACCAGCUGAAUUAAUUUGAUUAUUAAGUGGUCGCAGGUUUGGCAAUGACCAGCCAUACUUGGCAGACCUGUUUCAGUUAUAGUCCAGACAUCCACCGGAAAGGAAGCAGUCUCCAUGACUCCGUAUCUUGCUAACCGACCUAUAAUGUAACAUAAUAGCCGUAAACAUUACUAUGAUUCAGAGGAGCAUCCUGCAGUGGGGUUGCUGGGAUUUUCUUUAUAAAAAGUAAUAGUGAGAUUAAUAUACAGUACCAUUUCUUUAUUCCCUUUUCUUUGAUAUUUCACAGAAACCAGCAAUAAUAUUCCAGUCAUACCGGCUAAUUGAUCCACCCAUGGCGGCGACUCCAAUAAGAAAUGGCGGGUGUAUUUAUAACUAUUCCUUGGAUUAUCGGACAUUGUGAACAAAGUGCGGAAUUACAUUACGGAUGGAUUAUUCACAUUUACAGACGCAGCAGGUGUCCUAUCGAUGACGAGUACCAAGUCGAUGACGGCAUUAUCAAAAGUCAAUCUGCCUAUCUAUGUCAACGACAGUGUCAUAGUAGAGCUUACGGAGGAAAUAUUGGAGGAGAGAUCGGACAAGUUCUUACACUGUGCUGUAGACGUUAUCACCGAUCCCUCACGGCGUCUCAUCCUCCACUUUCUCUCUAUAGACAUAUCUAAGGACAACCUGACUCCCGACAGGCUACAUAUAUACGACUUCCGGUCGGGUGGCGGGGUGAAGCAAGUGACACCUGUGAUGGGCCUUUUCGGUGUUUACGACUCCUAUUUCAAGGACACCAGCCCGGGGGUGAUGGACUACAAGUCCUCCCUCAACAAACUCCGCCUGGACUACAUGGGCAAGCCCAACCUUAUCUACAGCGGUUUCCGGAUACUCAUUACGUCAUUUACAGACAUACGUAACGAUGAUUGUGAUCGUUUACACCACCUGUGUGGGAGGACCAAGAUCUGUGUACCCCUCUCGGUGAUGUGUGAUACGGAGUACAACUGUGGUGACGGCGAUCUUUCUGACGAAAAUACCUGCCACUUGUUGGUAGACACCGACUGGAAAGGGGCAGAAGCUACCAUUACGGCUGUAGUAGCCGCCGGUGUGGCCAUUACUGUCUUCCUCCUUGUCAUCGCUGUUGUCUUCUGUUUCCUAAAAAAAUACAACAGAAGGAGUUAUAUUCGACAGCAGAGUGUCCAAAUGUUCGCCAAACGGAAAGCCAAUGGGGAGUGGGCAAUUGGAAAUAAUAUAGACACUUUGGGCGUAACUGAACUUUAUGCCCCGCCCACUUAUGAGGAUGUUGUUAGAAAGGAGGUCAACGAUGAACCUCCUCCUGCAUACGAUGUCGUGUCCACUCUUCCCCAAACAAACCAUCAAGGGUCACCAUAUUCCAUCCGGUCAAUGAAUAGGGUGACUGUUGUGUGUAUCGAACGUCCAUGUGAUAAUGACAAUAUAGAAAAUCUAGAGGAGUGCCAAACAGAAAUAGUAUGUGUACCUGUUCCCGAUCAGGAUAGAACAGACGAUUAUCACAAUGUCAUUUCUUGCCAACAGGAAAAUUGUACUCCUGACGACGAGCCAUUGAUAGGUAUCGCCGACAUGAGCGUUUCAAAAUCCGAUAAAUCCGACGAUUGUUCUCAGUCAAGUUCUUCCGGUCAGGAGGAUUCUGGGACCUACGCAGAAGAGAGUUCCCAGGAGAGUGGAAGCAGCAAUAUGGAUGAGGACUUGAUAUCUGUUACAUCGGAUUUUCAGGUAACAGAUGGAAAAAGUAACUUGGAUAACACUACUUGUAAUUCAGGGGAGAAAACUCCUGACUACUCCAAUCGGAUAUGUCUGAUGAACUGUGAUGAUAUUGAAUACGUGGACACAGUGGAUGAUUUGAAUGGGAAUGGUGUGUAACGAAUGUCGUGUAUACAAUACAGGAAGAUCCUCUCAUGUAGGAAACACCUGAUAUAAAACUUUCCCAAAAGAGAACAAGGGUAAUAGUAUAUUCUUGAAGAAUUUUAAAAGAUUAUGUAUGAGAGGGUCAUAGAGCUCGGAAGCAAUGAUCCUAC